CAGCUGCCGAAGGAAGAGGAGGGGGCGGAUGGGAUAACCCGUUGUGUGCUCGCCGGUUGGAAAAGCGCGAGUGGGAAGCCGCGAAUAAGCAGCCAAAGGGAAAGUGCUGCGGUGCUUAACUACUUCAGAUGGCUUUCUGGAUAGGAGUGGAUCAGCUGUGGCAUUAGCAUCCCGUUUCUCCAGAUACAUUCCUGGAGCGCUUGUUCUCUCUGUGUGUUCCUCUCUCUCUUCCCACAACUCACUUCAAUGCCUGCACGGAAGAAUAAGCUGGUCAGAGGCGUCUUUCAGUCUCGUUCGCUCUCCAGUCUGUAAUAGGCUUCUAUCCAAGUAUUGUGGGGGGCAGCAGGGGCAGCUGCUGUUGGUUUUCUUCCCCCCCCCACCUAUAAACAAGUCAAGUCUCUCUCCUUUUGACAAUGAUGAAGACUGAAGGCAAAGGAGAGAGGACUUUAAGAAGUGCUUCUCCACACAGAAAUGCCUAUAAAGCUGAUUUUCAUGCUAUUAAAUGCAGUUUUGAUUCAGUGAAUAAUGAUAAUGCUUCAAACAAAUCUGGCCCCCAGCAAAAGCUAACAAGCUCAUCCAAUGGAGGAGGUAAUGAUCCACAUGUUCGUGGCAGAGCUGUUAACUAUGGCAACAGAGUACACAAGAUCAAAAAUAUGUUUAUGCAGAUGGGUGGCUCUUCCACUCCAACUUGUGAGAACAGCCCACCUUCUGAGCCCAAAAUUCUCACCAAAACAGCUUCAACCGACCCUGCACCUCCUUCUCCCAGUAGCCCAUCUUUCCUCUGUGUACAGAAAAAUAACAUGAUCAAUAUUAGCUCUAUCCCCUUCACCAGUCCCCCGGAUUCUUUACCUUCAGCUUCAUUCACUGAGAAAAUUAUCUGCAGCAAUGAUGAGGGAAAUCUUGACAAAGCUGCUCUAGCAGAGAAGUUUUCCGAGACGAGGAAACUAUUUGAAAGGAAUGUGAAGCCAAGCUCAUUGGACAAAUGUACUUCCAGCAAAGGGGAAAGGACUGAAGAUAGGAGGAGACAUGGAUCUGCCUCUUCUGACUGUAGUAAUGUGAUAGAUCACUUUAAUUUCAAUACUGAUGUGAGCUCUCAGGUUGCCGUAGACAAAGCAGAGAGUCAAGGAAGCAGUGAACACAAAUUGCAGCAGUCAAGUGGUAGCUGUAGAUCCUCCUUGCUGAAUGCUGGACCUAUUUCUAGAAGACUGGAAAGUUUCUUGGCUGAUAGUGAUAGUGAGGAAUCCAAAGACACUUUGAAAAAUGAGGGUUCUCCUAGCUCUGUCCAGACAGUGUCUUGCAGCUGGGAAUCGCCAGUGGUUACAGAAGAACUAUGCUUGAGGCAGAAUCAGCCUAAUGUGCCACCUGAUCUUUUGAGUAGCAGCAGUGUUAGCAAAAGAGAAGAAUGGAGUAAGACCACUGAGGAAGCAUCAGAAAGAGAUCAAGCAACUUCUAAAAGGAGCCAGCAGUAUACAACCAACACUCCCACUAAAGUUGAUAGAGCCCCCAUAAAAAUCUCCCAGGUAGAAGUAGUUAGAGCUGAAUUGAUUAUGGUGCAGAAUAGAACUUUAAGCAAUGACAAUGAAGUUGUGGGAGAAGUUAAUGUCUUCCAGAAGGAGAAACCACUCAGAUUCCCAAGUUGGGAAGGGGAAGGAAGUGGCCUUAGUUUUGAGGAAAUGGAGAAACUUAGUGUGUGCAGUGAGGCCAGUCAGAAAGGAGUGAGAGAGAGUGUAUCUCUGGAGGAAGUUCAAACAAAAGAGAAGGACCAUGUAGAACAAGUAGGGGAUAGUGAAGACGAAGAAGGACAAGAAGUAGAACAGAGAGAGAAUUUUAGUAGAUUUUGUUCCAGUGCUUUUGGGAUAGAGAAUGCUGCUUUUGAUGAUGAGAAAGAAACAGAGUCAUGUAGUCAGGGCCCUGAAGGGGAAGAAACUUUGCCAGAGGAGGAAUACAACUAUGAAAGUGAUUAUGAGGAAUUUCCUGGACUCUCUGAGGAAGAAGAUCCUGAUCCAGAUAGAAAAGUGAAGUUUUCCUCAGCCCCAAUCAAGGUGUUCAGUACUUACUCUAAUGAAGACUAUGAUAGACGUAACGAAGAGGUUGAUCCUGUGGCAGCAUCAGCAGAGUAUGAACUUGAAAAAAGGGUGGAGAAAAUGGAGGUUUUUCCUGUGGAAAUUGAAAAAGGUGCAAAAGUUAAAUGUGACAGUGGCUUAGGUAUCAGUAUAAUUGGAAUGGGUGUUGGAGCAGAUCAAGGAUUGGAAAAGCUUGGAAUCUUUGUAAAAACAAUAACUGAAGGUGGAGCUGCUCAGAAAGAUGGUCGAAUCCAAGUAAAUGAUCAGAUCGUUGAGGUUGAUGGUAUAAGUCUUGUAGGAGUAACCCAAUUCUUUGCAGCAACUGUACUAAAAAAUACAAAAGGCACUGUCAGGUUUCUGAUUGGAAGAGAAAAACCAGGAACUCAGAGUGAAGUAGCUCGCCUUAUCAGUGAGACUUUGGAACAGGAGAGAUGCUUAUAUGAGCAGCAAUUUGCCCAUGAUGAUACAGAACAGGAUGAUGAUUACGAUGAUGACGAAGAUUCGUUUGAAUCACAUUUACACGGAAAAUCUGUGGAAGUGUUUUAUCUUCCUGAAAAUGAAGAUAUUAAUUUGCCCCUGGACAUGGAUUCUACACAAUUUCUGCUGAAAUUUAAAGAGCUACAGUUAAAACAUGCCGUUACAACAGCUGAAGUUAACCAACUCAAGGAAAAGUUAAAAGCAACAGAAGCUGAAAAGAUUGAAUGGGAGUUAAGUAAAUCCCAGCUCCAGGAAACUUUAGAUGAGAACAAAGAAAAAAUAAAGAAGUUGGAGACCUAUUGGUUAGAAGCACAGAGUUUAUGUAAAACAGUAAAUGAACAUCUUAAAGAAACUCAGGAACAAUAUGAUGCCCUGGAGAAAAAAUACAACAAAGCCAAGAAAUUACUCAAAGAAUAUCAGCAGAAAGAAGUAGAACUCAUAAAAAAAGAAGAGGAUCAUACAAAAGUUCUUGAAGAGAGAAACCUGGAGCAUGCAAAUCAGCUGAAAAUAUUGCGGGAGAAGAUUACAGAGCUUGAAGAUAAAUUAAAAAUAUACGAGAAACUUCCUUAUCUGUUUGGGAAUAGUGUUUUAUUAGAAACUGGCACCUCAAGUCCUGAACAACUCACAGAGCAUUUUGAAGUAAAAGGUGAUGUUCAGGAAAUCGAAGCUUCAAUGGAGAAAUUAGAUUUUUCUGAUUUUGAUACCUUUGUGGGGGACACACCAAGGUUAGACACGAGUGCACAUAAAGCAAAAGCUCAGCUUGCCUUGAAAGUAAAACGUCAGCCACCUUCUCGGUCAAAGCUAAAAGAAUCUCUUGGGGCUGGACAAAAAGAUAUAAACUCACAGGAUGUGGAUGAUGAUGAUAAUGAUGAUGAUGACAUUGAGGAAAAUAUCCAGACCAAGUCUUCAGAAGUGACAGAAAAGUUAACUUCAUCACAGCAGAGUGACGUAGAACAAAGAGUUGAUAAACGUGAGCGUGCUGAAAGCACUGACAGUUUGUUAGAAUCAAGUCCAUCUGUUUCUGUGCACUCUUCCCCAGUGUAUAAACCACACACAGAAAAUAGUUCCGAAGCAAGCCAUUCAGCAACUAAUGAUGAUACUACUCCAAAUUCUCCUUCAGGAUACUGCAGAAAUGUUAAGCACAGGGAAUCAAAAGGAAAAGGAAAAGUGAACAAAGAUGACAAAAGAACUGAAGAAAAAACUGAAUCCAGUGAAGGUGCUUCUGGGGGAAAGUCCAAACGACGUUUUCCAGAUUUUGGGGGCCUAAGAAAAUCUGGCGGCAAAGGCAAGAAGCAAGAAAAAGAAAAUACAAGGGGCUCUCUUGACAGCCGGGGCUCCCGGGAAUUACUGGAAGACUCCGUCAACAAUUUAUCUGCAUCAGAUUCAGAUUCUCCUAUUCCCACUUGCAUGCCUUUUUCUUGGUUUGGAGACAGCCAUAAAGAACACAGUUCUAGUAGCACCCUGAGCUUUUCCCAGGGUGGCCAUGAUGUUGUCAUUGAACAGAGUCAGGAAAAGAACAGAAGCAAGAGUAGAAUUGUCAUAGAUGAUUCAUACCGUAGCAAGUCAAGUUGUGAUCUGUCAGGGUUAGUGACAGAGCCAAAUCUUUCAGGGCGUUCACACACUUUAACCUUCUCUUCAAAUGAGACUUUAGAUGAUGAGCCGUCAAAUACAGGGAAACAAAACCAGUGGCUUAGUAGGCCAAUUUCUGAAUGGACAACACAGCAGGUAUGCCAUUGGCUAAUGGGAAUGAACAUGGAGCAGUACAUCGCAGAAUUCACAAGCAAGAAUAUAGAUGGACAACAGUUAAUGCUGCUUGACAGUGAUAAGUUGAAGACCCUGGGAGUAUCCAGUCAAAAUGACCGAUCAACAAUAAAGAAGAAAAUAAAAGAUAUUAAAAAAGCACAAGAAAAACUGGAGAAACAGAAAGAAAAAUUUCAAAAGAAAGAGAGAGAAGUUCGAAGAGCUGGCAGAGUGGUGGCCACUGUAGAAUCAAGCUGCUAAAAUGAUUUGAUGCCAUAUUCAACUCCUUACUCUGGUGUAGUCUCAAGGGCUAAAGUGCAGCUAUACCAGUGUAAUGCUUAAUUAUCUUUAUCUUAUCAGACUUUACUUCAGCUUGAAGAAGUGUAAGAAUUGUAUAUUAUUGUAAAAUUUCAGAGGGGGGAAAUGAUAGUUUUACAACAUAGGCUUUUUUUUACCUCCAAUUUCCAUAAUCCUUCCCCAUUUAUAUGAUUCAUUUAAAUGAAAUAUUUUCAGUCUUUUAUAUCUAGCUCAUUAACUUGUACUAAUGGAAAGUAAAUUAACUGUCAUAAGUAAUGUGUAUAUAAGUGUCUGGCUGUUCUAACUCCCUGAAGUGUCUAUGGAAAGUGGUAUAUACAGUUUUUGAAAAAUAGGGUGUGACACAAAUUACAGUAUAAUGUUGGGUGGUUUCUGGUAUAGAAACAAUAUCAGGUCAUUAUGUUCUGUUGGAGAUAGUUUGUUGCCACUAGUGUUGUAUAGAGAAAAAUUAAGUUUUAAAAAGUAAUAGAAAAUUAAUUUAAUCAAAUGUAAUGAAGUGUUUAAAAUCCUGUAUUUUCCAGAGUUCAUUUUAAAUUCAAAACGUAUUGUAGUAAUAUAAUUCAUGACUUGUACUUGUAUCUUACUUUCU